UUAAAAUCAGUGUUGAAUUAUGAUCAUUGUCUCUUUUAAUCAUUACUUUUUCCUUGAUUUGUCACAGAUUAGAAGAGGUUUUCAUGCUUAGUCUCAGGACGGCAGAUGGUCUUAGUAACGAGAAGUGGAUGAGCUUGUCCCCACUUGACAUGUCACUUUAUGAUGCGUUCAAAGACAGUAAGGAUGUUCAAGAUCUCAUACAGUCUGGCUUCCUGCUAUUAAGUGAAAAGGGCAUCAAAGCCACCUACAAGGGCUUGUCUGUACUGGACAGCAUUGUUCCAAUAUUACUGCUCCAUCUUGAACAGAGAGCAAGAACCUCGUUAAAAUCACAAGCAGAUUAAUGAGCAAUUUGAUCAACAAUAGUUAUUCUACUUCUGGAGAAAACCGUUAAACAACUAGAAAAGAGACUUACAUAUUAACAUGAAUAAUCCUCCUCAAACAUUUGACAAUCACUUCAAAUGAAAAGUGUAAUUUCUAACUCUAAUUUUAACUCUAAUAAUUUCUAACUCUCUGGAAUGCUGUUAAUACACCUUUCAGGCCAUAAAAUUGUGGCCAUGUUGGAAAGGAGUGAUGGUUAAAAUAAGAAACUGACUGACGAACAUUUUUAAUUAACAAUGUUAGAUCUUUUCAACUUUUCGGAUUGCAGGAAGCCAAUUUAUUAUGAAUCAUGAAUCAUGAAUCAUAUUAGUAUACAUUAUACGAACAGAUGCACGUAUUUUUUUUCUUAUAAUAAACAAAACUUUGCAGC